CAUGAAAAUCACAGCCAAUCUCACCGACGACAGGGGAGAAGAACUAACUUCAUAAGAUUCUUUCAUCUUGGAUAAAAAUAAAGCUACACUGAAUUGAAUUUUUUCCAUCUUAUGCGGCUUCCGUUAGUUGAUCUGCGAUUUUGAUCGCUUUUGUUCGCCUAUUUCAAGUGACCUCAUUACUGUGAUUCCAAAUUUGUUCUGCCAAGACUCAUCUUUUCAGUAAUGACCCGCAGCAGUACAAACAACUCGCAAACAUGUUCGCAGGCCUUGGUUUAUUGUAGUGGUGAAAAUGGGUUUAGUUCAUCGCCAAACAGACCAAUUGAUCCGGAGCUGCAUGGGGAUGGAUCUGUAGCAAUGCUUAGAAAGCAGACAUACGCCCAAGCGGGUCCGUGUCGAAACUUGGACAAACUGAUUGUAUUACAAAACGGGCACAACGAUCAGCUUUUCCCAAAAGUCCUGUGUAAUGGAGUUGGCAAGUCAACGACAAACGGUCUGUUAACCAAAACGUGGAAGUCAGUGGGAAUGUUGUACGAGAAUGAGAAUCACAAAAAACUCAUUAACAAUUCAAAACAGCAUGCACAAUCUCGGGGCAAAAAUGGCUUCCGUUCGUGCGAAAGGGAAUGUGAAAGCUCGCCGCUGAAUAAAAAUAACUGCGAUGUAUCCAACAGAAUGACUCUGCUGAGUUUGGGGAAGAUAGAAGUUAAUUUGCCGAAAGUGCAUUCGAACCAACUCACAUCUACACAUGAAAAAGUAUCUGGGGAUUUAUCGUCCUGUGACUCAGGUGAGAAUGUUUCUCCAAGUAGACCACUCAGUGUGGACAAACAUCUACCGCCAAAGCUCAAUGAGGAGACAACUGAGGUGGACGAAAAUGGAACAGCUGACCUUAGCCCUUCCUUGAAGGGCAACGAGUCGGAACAAGUCAAUGGGAUUAAUGUGGAAUCAGAUGUAUCAAAAGGAUCUACUGAACCUACGGACGCCAAUAUUAUCGCAGAGCAUUUAGAUAUGGCUGAUGAAAAAGAGGUGACAAUCGAUAAGUUCGAGAGUGAACUUGAAGGAAAUGUGUAUGAUUCAGAAGAUUCUUCCAAAUCGGAUAAUGAUGUGUCACAAGAAAACCGGACAAAUUUAAUUGUGAAUUACCUUCCCCAAAAUAUGACCCAAGAGGAAAUACGGAGUUUGUUUGCAACAAUUGGUGAAGUGGACAGUUGUAAACUGAUCCGAGACAAGAAUACAAAUCAGAAUCUCGGCUAUGGUUUCGUAAACUACAUCCAUUCAAAGGACGCUGAGCGAGCUAUCGCAACACUGAACGGAUUUCAGCUACAGAACAAAACCAUCAAAGUUUCUCUAGCCCGCCCGAGUUCUGAGUCAAUCAAAGGUGCCAAUCUUUACAUAUCCGGGCUUCCAAUCUCAAUGUCACAGCAACAGCUGGAAGAUUUGUUUAACUCAUGCGGACGAAUCAUUACUUCCAGAAUCUUGUAUGAUAGUACCACAGGUCUGUCACGUGGCGUCGGUUUCAUUCGGUUCGAUCAGCGGAUAGAGGCCGAGGAAGCCAUUAGGAAGUUAAACGGACGGAUAGAGGCCGAGGAAGCCAUAAGGAAGUUAAACGGAGUCAUUCCUGCUAACGCAACGGAGCCCAUCACUGUCAAGUUAGCAACCUCGCCCGCGAGUGCUCCUCACUCCUCCUCAUCGAUUGGAAACGAAGGACGGCACUCUAUAAAUGGACUGAACUAUUUUGCAGACAUUUCACCGGAUAUUGGGCCGAACGACGGAACACUUGUAGCAGCGAUGUCUGCUAAGCCACAACAGGCAGCAUUAACUAUGUUUUUGCUCCAACAGAUGCACCGGUAUCCUCGAUUCGGCCCUCCAGGUGCGUUGCUUCCCCAUCCGUAUCAGUAUACCAGCUCCCGUUUACCAAGACAACCCUACCUUCCACGAUCACUGAAUCCAUUCGCAAGGCGUUUCCUCGCCUCAUCGUCUGCAGCGGCUGCCCUGGGGCAUACAAACGUCAAUCAAACUCUAGCUGCAAAUCAGCAGAACCACGCCAGUCAGACAUCGUCUAAUCGGGGCUCCGCCAGACUACCACACCCUACGGGAAAUGUUAGCGUUACCGCAGCCAGUUCCUUCCCAAUUAUGCCAACGCUGUUUCCAACACAACCGCACAUGUUUCCCGCUCUAUCACCCCACACAGCACCGUUAUUGUAUCAGCGCUGUAGGUAAGCUGUCUCCACAGGUUUUCCACACAUGUGGAAACUAGUCUGGUGUAAACGUAUCGUACCUUUUAUUCCAUUAGUCAAUUCAAC